AUGGCUGAAACGCAGCUCGACGCUGCAGAUGGCCCGGAGCGGACCUCUGCAGCCGCAUCCCAGAUAGAGAACACGGAAAACGGACAGACAGACGCUGGAUCGCCGCCACUGCUGAAGGCAGAUAAGGAUGACUUGCCUUCUGGGGCUGAAUGGAAGGCAAUAAGCACGGGGGAGAACACGGAAACGCACGAGUCUGCGACUGGCUCUCCCGACAAUGCCGCCGUUACCCCGAAACAAGAGAAUGCGCCCGAUUUGGAGACUGCGCAGAGCGAGGACGUUCGAGAAGGCCCUCAUGAGGGCGUCGAAGUCGAAACAGGUCCGGACAGUUCGAGGGAACCCCACCCUGAACGUCAAGAGACGCUAGGAGAGACGGCCCAGGAUGAGCCAGCACAGGCCUUGAGAAUACGCUCGGAUUCGAGGUCUACCGUUGCUACGCAAGCUACGCAUCGAUCGACUCCCAUUAGUUCGACUGUGUUCGUGGUCACGGCCCUCGAUGCGAUCGCAGCCUCCAAGGAAGCGCGGAAGAGCAAGGAAUUGGAGGAUGCCGUGCAGCUGGCUCUUGCGAACAUCAAGCAGUCCGACAGGCAGCAGCUGGACCCCGAAGUCAUCUUUCGUCCUCUUCAGCUGGCCACCAGGACCUUUAGCAUACCGCUCCAGGUAACUGCGUUGGACUGCAUCGGCAAACUGAUCACAUACUCCUAUUUUGCCUUCCCAUCCAACCGACCAUCCACCAUUCCGGAAAACGAGCCUGCGUCGGAACAGCAGCUCCCUCUAAUCGAACGCGCUAUAGAGACAAUCUGUGACUGCUUCGAAAAUGAGGCGACCCCUGUCGAAAUCCAACAGCAGAUCAUCAAGUCCCUUUUGGCAGCUGUCCUCAAUGACAAGAUCGUCGUGCAUGGAGCUGGUCUGCUGAAAGCCGUUCGUCAGAUCUACAACAUAUUCAUUUAUUCCAAGUCGAGCCAAAAUCAGCAAAUCGCCCAGGGUUCGCUUACGCAGAUGGUCGGUACUGUCUUUGAUCGAGUCCGCAUGAGGCUUGACAUGAAAGAGGCUCGCAUGAGAGAAGCCGAGGGCCACAACGACAACUCCCCGGAGACAGUGACUAUUGACCCGGCGGAUGGGUCUCAGAUCACGGAGUCAGAAGGGCCCGCCGAACCUGCCUCAACCGUCGUCUCCGAUCAGCCGGUGACCAAAGAGCCCACGGAGAAGCUUACACUGCAAAGCUUCGAAUCUAGUAAAGAUGAUACCAUGGUCAAUGACAAUGCGCCGACGAUGGUGACACGCGUGAAACACACCCAUCAGUCUGCUGCCGAUUCCGCGGAUGACAGAGAAGAUGUCGAGGGAUCAGCUGAUGAAGUGGAUGAAAUCUAUGUCAAAGAUGCUUUUCUGGUUUUCAGAGCUCUGUGCAAGCUGAGCCAUAAGGUUCUCACCCAUGAUCAACAGCAAGACCUCAAGUCUCAGAAUAUGCGGUCCAAACUGCUAUCUCUGCAUCUGAUCCAUUAUCUCAUGAACAACCACACUGCCGUUUUCACGUCGCCUCUUGCCACAAUUAGAAACACCUCCAAUCCCUCAGAGUCUAUGACGCUUCUGCACGCUAUCCGGCCUCAUCUCUGCCUUAGCCUCAGCCGGAAUGGAUCCAGCUCAAUUCCAAAGGUGUUUGAAGUGUGUGCCGAGAUUUUCUGGCUCAUGUUCAAGCACAUGAGAGUGAUGUUCAAGAAAGAGCUGGAGGUCUUCUUUAAAGAGAUCUACCUCGCCAUACUCGAGAGACGGAAUUCGCCCGCCUUUCAGAAGCAGUACUUUAUGGACAUCCUCGAGAGACUGUCAACUGAUCCUCGGGCAUUGGUUGAGGUAUACCUCAAUUACGACUGCGAUCGGACUGCGCUGGAGAAUAUUUUCCAAAACGUGAUCGAACAACUAUCCCGAUUUUCCAGCAUGCCCGCCACAGUUACAGCAGCUCAGCAACAGCACUAUCAAGAAAAUCGUACAAAAGUGUCUAAUGCGACCGAAUGGCAUCAACGCGGUACACUUCCGCCCUCUCUGACAACCACAAGCAUGACCACCCACCCCGCCCCGAAUUCGCAAAGCGUGCCUCCUGAAUUUGCAAUGAAACACCAAGCACUGGAAUGCUUAGUGGAGAUCUUGCGGUCGCUGGAUAAUUGGUCCUCUCAGCGCUUAGCAAAUCCUACCAUCACCCGGGAGGAUCUGUCGCGAAAGUCAACAGAUAACUCAAGGGAAUCGUUGGACACAUCGGCAGUUGCUGCUGCGGCUCCAUCGCCAAGGUCGCCAAGGUUGGAACAUGCAGACGGCGGAACUGGUCGGUCCACACCCGUGGCUGAGGAUGACCCCAAUGAGAUCGAGAAGGUCAAGCAGAGAAAAACCGCUCUGAUCAACGCUGUGCAGCAAUUCAACUUUAAGCCAAAACGCGGGAUCAAGCUCUUGCUGCAGGAAGGCUUCAUCCGAUCUGACUCCCCACAGGAUAUCGCCACCUUUUUGCUUCGGAAUGAUCGUCUCGACAAAGCCAUGAUAGGGGAAUAUCUUGGUGAAGGAGAUCCGGAAAAUAUUGCCAUCAUGCAUGCAUUCGUGGAUCUAAUGGACUUCUCCAAACUUCGGUUUGUUGAUGCUCUCCGUCGAUUUCUCCAGUGCUUUCGGUUGCCCGGGGAAGCUCAGAAGAUCGACCGUUUUAUGCUCAAAUUUGCCCAGCGCUACGUUGAAAAUAACCCCAAUGCAUUUGCCAAUGCAGACACGGCAUAUGUACUGGCAUAUUCGGUCAUCAUGCUUAAUACCGACCAGCACAGCAGCAAGCUGAAAGGGCGCCGAAUGACGAAGGAGGACUUCAUCAAAAACAACCGGGGCAUUAACGACAACCAGGAUCUGCCUGACGAAUAUCUUGGGGCUAUAUUCGAUGAGAUUGCUAACAAUGAAAUUGUGCUUGAUACCGAAAGAGAGCAUGCUGCGAACCUCGGCGUUCAGACUUCCGCUCCUGCCGGCUUCGCAUCCAGAGCUAGUCAGGUACUGGCCACGGUCGGGAGAGAUACCCAGGGCGAAAAAUACGCCCAAGCGUCCGAGGAAAUGGCCAAUAAGACAGAGCAACUGUAUAGAAGCUUGAUUCGAGCGCAGCGCAAGACGGCGAUGAGGGAAGCACUGUCGCGAUUCAUUCCUGCAUCGUCAGUACGGCAUGUUGGUUCUAUGUUCAAUGUGACGUGGAUGUCUUUCCUCUCUGGCUUGUCAGGCGCAGUUCAAGAUACGCAAAAUGUCGAGACGGUAAGACUGUGCAUGGAUGGCAUGAAGCUGGCGAUACGAAUUUCUUGUGCCUUCGACCUGGAAACUCCACGAGUGGCCUUUGUGACGGCUCUGGCUAAGUUCACGAACCUUGGCAACCUCCGAGAAAUGACUGCCAAGAACGUUGAGGCAUUGAAGACAUUGCUAGAAGUGGCCCUCUCCGAGGGUAACAAUCUACGAGGAUCUUGGAGGGAGAUUCUCACGUGCGUCAGUCAGCUCGAUCGAUUCCAGCUGCUGAGCGAUGGAGUCGACGAAGGAGCAUUGCCUGAUGUCUCGAGAGCACGGAUUGUCACUCCAACAUCCAUUGAGCCCUCUCGCAAGUCGAUGCAGUCUUCGAGGCGCCCACGGCCACGUUCUGCAAACGGUUCGUUGUCUUUCCGGCCAGAGGUUGCAAUGGAAAGCCGCUCCACGGAAAUGGUACGCGGUGUAGACCGGAUUUUCACAAACACAGCGAAUCUUUCCGAGGAGGCCAUUGUGGAUUUCGUACGCGCCCUGAGCGAUGUGAGCUGGCAGGAGAUCCAGUCCUCAGGACAAAGCGACUCUCCUCGCACUUACAGUCUUCAGAAACUCGUGGAAAUCAGUUAUUACAAUAUGACGCGAGUCAGAAUCGAGUGGUCCAAAAUCUGGGAAGUAUUGGGUGCGCAUUUCAACCAAGUUGGCUGCCAUAACAACACAACUGUUGUGUUCUUUGCACUGGACUCCCUACGUCAACUCUCCAUGCGUUUCAUGGAAAUUGAGGAGCUUCCAGGGUUCAAAUUCCAGAAAGACUUUCUCAAACCAUUUGAACACAUCAUGGCGAACAGCAAUACUGUCACCGUGAAGGACAUGGUCCUUCGGUGUCUCAUCCAGAUGAUCCAAGCACGGGGCGAUAAUAUUCGGUCCGCGCGUCCUGGCCCUAACGGAGCAACAGAGGGUAUCGUCAACAUGGCUUUUGAACAUGUCACCCAGAUAUAUAACACUCGUUUUGGGACUGUGAUCAGUCAGGGAGCAUUUGCAGACUUGAUUGUCUGCCUGACGGAAUUCUCGAAAAACACCAAGUUCCAGAAGAAAUCAUUGCAAGCCAUAGAGACAUUAAAGUCGGCAAUUACAAAGAUGUUAAAGACCCCCGAGUGUCCGCUUUCGCAGAGACACACGCCCCGUGGGAGCGUAUCUGAGGACGCAGGAUCAAACGUUGCCCGUCAGCCUGGUCACCACACUCACGAGGAGCAGUUCUGGUACCCGAUUUUGAUCGCAUUCCAGGACGUACUCAUGACUGGUGAUGACCUCGAAGUUCGUUCACGAGCACUUACCUACCUUUUCGAGACGCUUAUCCGAUACGGUGGUGAUUUCCCACCCGAGUUCUGGGAUGUUCUCUGGAGACAAUUGCUGUACCCGAUUUUUGUCGUUCUUCAAUCUAAAUCCGAGAUGUCAAAAGUGCCAAACCACGAAGAACUGUCGGUCUGGCUGUCCACAACGAUGAUCCAAGCAUUAAGGAACAUGAUCACCCUGUUCACUCAUUACUUCGAUUCCUUGCAAUACAUGCUUGAUCGCUUCUUGGAGCUGUUGACGUUGUGCAUCUGUCAGGAGAACGACACUAUCGCUCGGAUUGGCAGCAACUGCCUACAACAGUUGAUUCUGCAAAAUGUGACAAAGUUCUCAGAAGAGCACUGGACGAAGAUAGUGGGCGCGUUUGUGGAGCUUUUCAGCAGAACAACUGCAUACGAGUUAUUCACUGCAGCUGCCUCUGCGCCGCCGAAGACUCCGGAUGCUUCGAAAUCCAAUGGGGAGUCAACAACAAAUGAUGCUACUGCAUCUACGGAAGCGCCUGAAGCUAUUUCGGACGAGGACACGGCCGGUGCUGCAACGUCAAAAGUGAAUGGCUCACAAGAUGGAGCUCCAGAGAACGGGGAUGCAGGCGAUGUUCCAAGUCAGCCGAAAACUACCCAGAAUGCUCAAGCUACCGAACUCGAGGAUUACCGUCCACAGGCAGAUGUACAACAGCAGCCACCCGCAGUGACCUUGGCACGACGCCGAUUUUUCAACCGCAUCAUUACCAACUGUGUCCUCCAAUUGCUGAUGAUUGAGACGGUCCAUGAACUUUUCUCGAAUGACAGUGUCUACGCGGAGAUUCCAAGUCAUGAGCUCCUACGGCUCAUGGGUCUACUAAAGAAGAGCUAUCAGUUUGCGAAGAAGUUCAAUGAAAACAAGGAGCUUCGGAUGCAACUUUGGCGACAAGGAUUUAUGAAACAGCCUCCCAACCUGCUAAAACAAGAAAGCGGAAGUGCUGCUACUUACGUCAGUAUCCUCUUCCGGAUGUACCAUGACGACCGAGAAGAGAGGAAAAGUAGCCGUGCGGAAACCGAGGCUGCACUCAUUCCACUCUGCGCAGAUAUCAUACGAAGUUACGUUCGCCUAGAUGAGGAGACCCAGCACCGAAAUAUUGUGGCUUGGCGGCCUGUGGUGGUCGAUGUGAUCGAAGGGUACACCAACUUCCCGAGGGAAAGCUUUGCACAGCAUGUCGAAACAUUCUAUCCACUGGCCAUCGAUUUGCUGAGUCGAGACCUCAACUCAGAGAUUCGUCUCGCGCUGCAAUCCUUGCUUCGGAGGGUUGGUGAGAUCAAAUUGGGCCUGCCUCCAGUGCAGACUCCGCUUGAACCACCCACCAGCCCCAUGCCCCAGCAAUAUUUCAGCACAGACCGCAGGCCCAGUCGUGGCCGUUGA